AUGACAACCACUCAACACCAGCAGAUGGUAUAAGAAUAUGUGUCCAUGGUGUUCUCCAGCUCCACCACCCACAUGGAGACCUUCUCCCAGACAACCAAGACAGUGGGAGGGAAGUGGAAUGGGGUUUCCCUGACCCCCCCCCAAAAAAAGAAGUAGGAUGUGACAAAUGAAAAAGAGAUACUGAUGAUUUGGGCCAAGGUACCCAAUAAGGACUUUGCAAAGGUCUGUGUGAACCAUGGUUUCCCUGACUUGGGAGGACUGCUCAGAAGUAUCUCUCUUGAAAUUCUGAAGCCACUAGAAGAUGUAGAAACCAAGGUUGACACCACCAAUGUCUUCACCUACAUCAUGGAGCUGAAGGACCCCAUCCUGAGACAAUAUGGGUCAAGAACACCUGAGUUAAAUAACCCUGAAGAUGAGCCACUGAAGCUCAUGGAAGAAAUGAAACUGGUGGCGGUGACCAUGCAGAGGGCUGUGUUUGAGAUCCACGCCGCCGAGGAAGAGAAUGACUCUGUGUGGCAGUUCAACAGGAAGCAGCUGAAGAAGGGUCACAAGUAUGAGAUUAGACCAUCUGAGAAUGGUCUGACUCACGCGGUUAAGAUCAAAGAUGCCAGACUUAGCAACAUGCAGGUUCUCGGCCCCGGCAGGAACUUGGUACAGAACGGUUGUCUCACUGUCCAUUGCAAGUGGCUCAGCCUUCCCUUUACAUCUCUGAGCAGCUUCAAAAAUGCAUGUGUGAAAGAGAGGAGUAGCCCACACCUUGAAUGUGAGCUGAUGUCUAAGGAUGUGUCACUACCCUCAGAGAAAGGUGAGUGACUGCUGUCACAUAACCUCAAGUACAGUGUGAGCCACAAAGGCAAGCAAACUGACUUGGUAGUUAAUGAUGCACAGAGCAGAGAUGGUGGGGAAUACACCACAGUGGCCAUGGACGGUGGGGACCCCACUGAAUACUGCAGUACUGCACCCUCACUUCCCUGCCCUUUCUCCUUAGAACAUCUAGCAACCAUGAAGAGUUGCAUGUGAGACAUGCACUCAGCCCCUGGUGAGUUGUGUAUAAUGCUGUAUAACAAAAAGGUGGCUGAAGGGUAGCAGGGAGGACCGAAACGUGGAAGGGAGCAAGAGACGUUGACUUGGCCCAUGUUCACACUCAUGCAUGCCCCUCACCUCCAGAUUACAGACUUGCCUGGUGUGCCAAUGGUAACGGGUGAGGAAUACAUGUUUAUCUUCCCCAACAUGGGCACAGAGCAUGAAGGCAAAUACACAUUGCAGGUAAAGUUCACAGAAAAUGAAGCCUACAUAUCCACUUUCCUCCCCAACCCCCUGAUGCCUUGCCCUGUAGAUCUCCUUGCACUGACUCAUCCAUCUGAAAACACUAGCUGUCUGAUGACCAUGAAGGUAUGCUACAUGGCUUACAUUAAGGCGCCCUUCCAAACCAGGUUAUUACCCAAAGUCACCUGGUUCAAGGAGGGUAUGUAGGUGCCCAAGGGGAAGCAUGUGUCCAUGGAGCUCAGAGACCAGGAUCUGCUCACCAUCUCCAAUUGUAUGCAUAAAGGCAUCAGCUUGGUCCUAUUCAAUCUCAAGAAUGACCAUCACACAGCAACUGCCACUGUGCACCUCAACGUGCUGGACCAUCCGAAGCCUCCCAAUCAAGUGCAGUUCCUAGGGCUCUUGGGUAACUGCGCACAUAAAUAGAAGGCCCGCCUGUGAAACAAACUGGUCAUCAUGGUGUGAUGAAGGGCUGUUGGCAAGAAGCCCUGGAUUAAGACAGCAGAGAUGGAUGACAAAUUGGCCAACUUCACCGCCAAGAAUCCCCUGGUGGCUGAUGUGACCAGGGAAUUGGUAACAUGAAUAGAAUGUCCCUCCCCAGAAUGGGAUGGGCCAGUGCUUGGCUACUCUGUCGAGUGAAGAAAGACAAGCAAUAAUCUGUAGGUACCAGUCAACAAGGACCCCAUUCAGGUUCUGUAUAAGGCCACUCUAGGACAUCCCAGCAUGCCGAGCAGUUCUGUGGUGGUCAAGGAUCCUAUUAAACCUCCAGGCCUGGCACAGGGCCUAAACACGUCUGACUCUUGUAACUCGGUGGUUCUCAACCCAAGGGACUGGCCAUCCAGCUACAUCCUUGAGAUGAGUGAAGGCAGCAAGAAGAGUACCAAGUGCACCAAGAGCCCCCAGUUUGACCUCAGCACCCAGCUAGAGCCAUACAGUGGCUCACCACCACCCACUGUGACCUGGCAGAAAGACAGCAUCACCAUCAAGGGCUGGGAAACCAUCACCGAGGGCAAAAGUUAUCCCCAGUUCCUCAUUAGAAACACCAAGUGUUCUGACUACAGAGAGUAUCAGACCUGGCUUCAGACUGAGUCUGGAGUCACACACUACGACUCCUGUACCUGUAUCCUGAGUAUAGAAACUAGGCGCAGGGUUGGGAUAUAUGAUUUGGGGACCAACCCAGGACCUCCGAGCCUGACACAGGACCUAAACAUGUCUGAUUCCAGGACAUCUGCUGCCUACCACUCACAGAAGGAAAAUGUGCCCUUCCAUCUUCCAAGAGGCUGGGCAGGUGGCUACAGUGAACACACAACUCUGUCCCCGGAGUGGCCAGCAAACCUCCAAUUCUUCCAGAUUUCCGGAUCUCCCGCAAACCUACAGCUAUUCGAAGAAGCCUCCAACACAAUGACUCUGACCUGGAACCACAAUCCUGAUCUCCAGGAAGACGGUGGUGCCCGCUAUGACUACGCCACGACUGGCACCUUCCUUGGGAACCCAUGGCUCAUGGCUCUCUACCAGGGUGAUGUCUACAUCACAGUCGAUUCAAAGUUCCGGCACAACCUCGCCGGCAGCAUAUGUAAACCAGUCAUCCCCCAUCUACGCACUAAAGGACAGCAGUGA